AUGAAUGGAGCUAGAAAAAUAGCCUUACUAUUAGGGAACACAUAUUCAUACCCACAUAAAGGGGGAAAGCCUAUAGGUAAGAUACUAUUUGUUGCUUAUUUGAUAGAGACAGAGGACGUAGCUCCCGUGUGCGUAUCAGAAAAGUAUGUAAUGAAUGUCAAUAUAAGCGUGGAAGCAAUAGGAGGCCACUCCAGUCUUUCCGGGAAAGAAAACGCCAUAUCGAUAUUAUCGAGUGCUGUGACGAAAGUUCGAUCGAAAGAAUUUCCGUCUUUUCUUGGUCACCCUGGAACACCAGACUUUGAAACUUUGAAACGCAUAGCUCAUUUAUACCCUCAACCCUAUAAAAUAUACCUUGAAAAUGUGGCUUUAUUUAGGAAUAAUUUGUCACUGAAAUCAUUUACUAAAACUUCAGCAGUUGUCACGAGUUUCAUUGGUGGAAUCAAAAGUAACGUGAUACUCAGUUACGCAGAAGCCACUAUUAAUCAUAGAGUUCAUCCCAUGCAAGAUCCAAUAGACAGUUUAGAAUUCGAUGGUCAAAUAAUAGAUGAUUCAAGGGUGAAAAUAAUUCCAGAUGAAGUUCCUAUACAUAGCCCUAUUUCCGAUUACGAUACCAAUGCUUUCAAAAUGAUCGAAGCGACUAUCUUGGGAAUAUUCAAUGAAACUAUAGUAGUACCAGCGAUUUUUAUGGGGAGCACAGACUCCAAGCAUUUUUCCGGAAUCGUGGAUAACAUAUACAGAUUCUCGCCUCUAACAGUGACCGUAGAUGAUAUAUCAAGAGUGCACGGUGUCAAUGAGAGAAUUUCGGUGGCCGAUUAUCAUAACUGUAUAAAAUUUUAUUAUAACUUGAUCGAACAGGUAUCGGGAUUCGUAAAAGUUCCAAAAGAUUCAAAAAGAAGAGAGAAAAUAAAAGAAAUGAAAUGA